AUGCCACCAUUAAUGGAGACAGUAACCGUCAUCAACAAGUCGGGAAAGGUUAUUAGCACUGUAAGAGCUCCCCCUUUCCCACUCCAUAUGCAAUUUUAACCUCGGUGCAGGGUAAACAACUCGUCAACAUUUUCCAGGAGGCCAAGGCCGCAUAUAAUGAGAAGAAGGCAGAGAGGAAAGAACUACUGAGGGCGGAACAACGAAAGCGUCUUGCAUACAAGCAGGCGCAGCAUUUGAUUCAAGCUCGCGAGGAUGUUCAAUCUGUCGCAUCGUCUCGACAUUCCCGUCGGUCAAGUCGUUCUCAUCGGCAGCACAAAGACCGAGCUAUUGAGUCUCGGCCUCCUCUCUCCCACAUCCCAGAACAACAUGAAGGAAGCUUAGCUUCGAGUCGAAGAAGUCGUAGUUCACAACCUCGAUCCCGUCGCGCUCCUAGUAUCGAUGGAUCUCAAUACACCACUCCAUAUUUUGAGGAUGCACCAGGCAAUAUCACUCGCAGAAAUACCGAUUUCGCUGCGCAUGGCGGUCAAGUCGCUCGAACUGAAGCUCCAUCAAACGCGCUAUACCGCAGCGCAUCGGAUCCCGAUGUGCAUAAAAAGGACAAGGUUGAUAUGAAUUUGGCAUAUGGAGAGCUGCAUCAGCCAUCAUCGCCAGCCUCUCCUGCUGUUCAAGAGCAAGAUUUGGAAGCUACCAUGACAAAACUGGAUACAUUGUUGUUGGAAGCAGAAUGUUUACAUCAUUCUGCCACUGCUAUCAUUGCCAAUCUCCAAAGUAACCCAGAAGCCAUGGCUGCCGUUGCCCUUACCCUUGCUGAACUUUCCAACAUCAUCAAAUCCAUGGGUCCUACCAUUCUCAACAGUCUAAAAGUUGCGUCACCUGCUGCCUUUGCACUACUUGCGUCGCCGCAGUUUCUGAUCGCAGGAGGUGUUGCACUCGGCGUCACAAUUGUCAUGUUCGGAGGCUAUAAAAUUGUCAAGCAAAUUCAAGCCAACAGCGAAGCUAUCCAAGCUAGCAAAGUCGAAGCGAACCGCAUGGAAGAACCUAUGGCCUAUGAACGUCUCGAGGUAGGAAGCGAGAUGGGAAGCGAAAUGAGUAGUAUUGAAAGCUGGAGACGAGGAAUCGCAGAUGUGGAGGAACAAAGUGUUGCCACCAGUGUCGAUGGCGAAUUCAUCACCCCCAUGGCAGCCAACCAGAAGAAAGAACGAAUCAAGGAACGCGCCAUGGAAGAGCGAAAACAUUCAAGAGCCCCUUCGAGUUUGUUUAGCGUCAAAACUUCGAAAACCUCGAAAACUUCCAAAACACACAGAUCCAAGAGUGUGCGAGAAAGUAAGAAUAGUGAUGUCCGCACGUCUACAUUCGAGCCGAGGGCAAUUCCAGUUCGAUCAGCCAGCAGCCGAGUUGCUCCAUCGGAAAGUGGUCGCAGUACUCGCAGUCAUCGUUCUGAAAAGAGCAAGGACCUCAUGGUGAUGAAUAAGGACGUCAUCGUGAAGGAGGAGAAGAAGAAGAAGCCUUCUGCCUUGCGUACCCUUUUCAAUAAGCACAAGGAGAAGCAUGAGAGGGAUUUGAGCGCUCAUCGACCUAAGAUGCUUGAGAUCGCGGCUUGA